AUGGCCAAGACUGAAACUAUUAUCCAGAACCAAAGUGCUGCAAUUAAAAAUUUGAAAAACUCAAACGGGUCAGAUAGCAACUGCGUUAGCAAACAGAGCACAUGGUACCUUAUCGAGCGAUACAAAAAAGAACUAAAAGGAGCAGCUUAUGUGCCGCCUAUCUCAUUCCCUCAAAGGCUUCAAAGACCAUCUAAAAAUGAACAAGUCCAGGCUACAACAACGAGAAGCGAAGUUCAGCUGCCAGAGAUCACUAUGAAGAAAAAGGGGACUGAGGAGAAUCAAGUCAAAGCAACUGGUCUUGACAAUAAACGCACACCUUUAAUUCCAUUCCCUCAAAGGUUGCAAAACAACAAACUAGACAAACAAUUCAAGAAUUUCUUGAACACCCUCGUACAACUUCACAUCAACAUUCCUUUUAUUGAUACUAUUCUACAAAUUCCAAAUUAUGCUAAGUUUUUCAAGGAGAUGUUGACUAAGAAGAGAAAACUGCCAAAACAUGAAACAAUAGCGCUAUCUAAAGAGUGCAGCACAAUCAUCCAGCACAGGAUCCUUCCCAAACUCAAAGGUUCAGGGAGUUUCACUCUACCUUGCUCCAUAGGAAAUUUGAAUGAUAUAAAUUGUUUAAUUGAUUCAGGAGUGAGUAUUAAUUCAAUUCCCUUACCUCUUUACAGGAAACUGGGAUUAGGAGAUCCUAAGGCGGCAUCUAUUAUCCUUCCACUGGCAGAUCGAUCAUUGAAACACCCCUACAAAAUAGUUAAAGACAUGCUUAUCAAGGCGGAAGAGUUUAUUUUUCCAGCUGACUUCAAGAUCCUUGACAUAGAAGAGGAUAUCAGAUGCUAA